GAUUCAGUAAUGUUUCAUUGGAUAAUGUCCAUGCAGCUUGCAUUUAACAUGCCCCCUUGUUCAACCCCGCACCAUCCUCCUUCCCCGCCUUCAAAGUGCCGUUUUUUCACUUCUUUUUUAUUCCAUCACAAAUGCUUUAUUUGUAUAUGGUGUCACCAAAUCUAAAAAGUAGGCCGAGAAUCUGUAGUAUUACAAUACACAAAGUGUCUUCAAAAUAUUCCUCGGACGAAGUUUUUGCAUUGAGAACCUUCAAUUCUACUUUGACCCGGACAAUCAUGACAACAGCCACAGAAACCUCAGAACACAUCUCAGCUACUCCUGGUUCAGAGAUACACGAUGAAAAGCCAGUGCAAGCUGAACACGAGACCGUGGACGCCACGCCCCCAGGCGAAGAAAUCCAAAUUACGAAAGAAUUAGAUCGGCUCAUCACGAAGAAAUUCGAUAGACAUAUUGUGCCGUGGUUAUUCGGACUAUGGCUGCUGGCUUUCAUUGACCGCUCUAACAUUGGUAAUGCUAAGAUCGAUGGAUUGGCUGCGGACUUGAAGAUUCUAACAGGAACCAAGUUUAAUAUUGCCUUGGCUGUUUUUUACGUUCCCUAUAUUUGUGUUGAUAGUAUGCAUUUCACCCCUCACUCAAUCUUUGAUGCUAAUUCCACAAUAUAGUCCCAUCGAAUUGGCUCGUUAAAAGAAUAGGCGCUGGAUACUACCUCCCGGCCUUAAUUAUAGGAUGGGGUACCAUAAGUCUCUGUGUCGGAUGGGUAGAAACAUGGAAAUCGUUACUUGCCGCCCGUUUUUUUCUCGGGCUCAUGGAAGGUGGAUUGUUAGGAGGCUUGAUAAUCUACCUUGCCAUGUUCUAUCGUCGUCACCAACUCAUGCGUCGAAUCGGCCUCUUUUACUGCGCUGCUCCAUUGUCCGGGGCUUUUGGAGGUCUUCUCGCUACUGGGCUUUCAAAAAUAAAAACCCCAGGGUAUAAUGGUUGGCCUUUCAUUUUCUUUGUCGAAGGUGCUAUUACCGUCAUCUUUGGAAUCGUAACGUUAUUUUUUCUGCCCCAUACACCCUCCCACGCCAAGUUUUUAACGGAAGAAGAAAGAUACGUCGCUAUCCAUCGUAUGAAACUUGAUUAUCGUGGAGCUUCUCCAGUCGCCAAUAUAGAUAAUGAGAAAUUCAAUUGGCAUUGGGUAAAAUUAGCCGUGUUUAAUUGGAAUACUUGGUUACUUUCACUUAACUUCUUUGCCGUCAUUACCCCUAUUUAUUCCUUUUCCCUUUUCCUACCGACUAUUAUUACUGCGCUGGGUUAUACGCGUCUAAGUGGUAACUCACUCUCUUUCCCCUUUUCCAUUCUUCCCUAUUUCUUAUGAUACCCCAACCUAACAAACCAUCAGCAAAUCUCCUAACCGUCCCUCCAAACAUAGUCGCUUUCCUCAGCGUAAUCCUCGUCACAUCUCUCUCAGACUACUUCAAGCGACGCGGGAUCUUCAUGCUCAUUUGUGCCAGCAUCGCCAUAAUCGGCUAUAUAAUGCUCAUCACCACUUCCAAACCCCAUGUCCAAUAUGGCGGUACGUUUCUCGUCGCUGCUGGAAGUUUUGCCUGUCCACCUGUAGUUAUGGGUAUGUUUUAAUUUCAUAUCCUCAACUUGCAAUUCCUCACCUCUUCUCUUUCGUAUUCACCAUCUCCCCAUACUUCGAAAUUAAUUCCCUCACGCAGGCUGGCUGGCAAAUAACACCUCUCCCCACUACGUCCGCGCCUCCGCUUCAGGAUUACAAAUCGGUCUCGCUAAUAUCGCCGCCUUCAUCGCAACCUUCACAUAUAUAGCUGAAGAUGCACCACGCUAUAUAGCAGGCCAUGCGAUAAAUCUCGGUAUGUUAGGUUUGUGUCUCGUAGUUACUAGUAUUACGGUGUGGUACUGCAAGUGGGAGAAUAGGAUGCGGGAGAGAGGGAUGAGGGAUGUGAGGUUGGUGGAGGGACAUACGGAGAUGCUGGGUCAUAGACAUCCGGAGUUUAGGUAUACUGUUUGAGGGGACGGUUAAUAGGUAUUUGUCGUGACCUUGAGGGAUGGGGAAGUCUGGGGGUGAGGACUACUUACAAGGAAGCAAGGAUGUAAUCAUAUGGUGAUAAAGUUUAUGCAAUAAUAUUGCAGUGCAAUUAUCCAGGCGGCGAUGUCAAUCUAAAUCGAGUCAAAAGUUGAAGAAAAAUGAAGUAACUUCAAUUUAUAAUAUAGCUUGCUAACUAACACCAACUAC